AUGGUUAGUACUGAAAUUUUCACUACAUAUCUAUCAGGUGUACUCUAUCAGGUGUAUUGUAUCAGGUGUAUUGUAUCAGGUGUACUCUAUCAGGUGUACUCUAUCAGGUAUACUCUAUCAGGUGUAUUGUAUCAGGUGUAUUGUAUCAGGUGUAUUGUAUCAGGUGUAUUGUAUCAGGUAUAUUGUAUCAGGUGUAUUGUAUCAGUUGUAUUGUAUCAGGUGUACUCUAUCAGGUGUACUCUAUCAGGUAUACUCUAUCAGGUAUAUUGUAUCAGGUGUACUCUAUCAGGUGAACUCUAUCAGGUGUACUCUAUCAGGUAUACUCUAUCAGGUGUAUUGUAUCAGGUGUAUUGUAUCAGGUGUACUCUAUCAGGUGUACUCUAUCAGGUGUACUCUAUCAGGUGUACUCUAUCAGGUGUACUCUGUCAGGUGUAUUGUAUCAGGUGUACUCUAUCCGGUAGAUUGUAUCAGGUGUACUCUAUCAUGUGGAUUGUAUCAGGUGUAUUGUAUCAGGUGUAUUGUUAUUAUACAUUAGUAGCUAUGUGGACUCUCUGA